AUGUGGGGUUGGCUUAACUCGGAUGAUCAGGACCAGAAAGACGAACAAAUCUGUCGUAAAUCUGAUACUGAUGAAGAGAUCGAGGCGAUGUUCGAUAAGGUCAAGAGAAGGAAGAAGAUGGAGGAAACAAGUUCGCCGGGAAUUGGAUUACUUGUUGAGAAAGUAGUGGCUCAAAUGGAGAUUGCGGCCACAGAAGACAUUGAGCUUAACAUCCAAAACAAACCCGCUAUUAGAAAGAUCCAAAUGCUGCCUCUUCUUACUGACUUUCUCUCCAAGAAAAAGCUGCAACAAGAGUUUUUGGAUCAUGGGGUUUUAACUUUGUUGAAGAGUUGGCUCGACCCUCUUCCCGAUGGAAGCUUACCAAACGCCACCCUUCGAUCUUCCAUUUUGAAUAUCUUAACUCAGGUGAUGCCUGUUGAUAUCAGCUUAGAAGAUGGAAGGGAGCAGUUGAAGAAGAGUGGGCUUGGUAAAGUCAUUAUGUUUCUUUCAAAAUAA